CCCCCAAAAUCGAUCCGCGAGUAUAUACCCAUCUUCAGUUUCCCACACUCCUGCUAGGGUUUCUCUCUCUAAAAGUUCCAUAGAACUCUUUUUUUAUCCUCCAGUCUCUAAAUUAUUCUAGAAGAUGAAGUUGACAGUGAAGACUCUCAAAGGGACGCACUUCGAUCUCCAAGUUCAGCCGUCCGAUACAGUGAUGGCAGUGAAGAGGAACAUCGAAGCGAUUCAGGGCAGAGGUAAUUACCCAUGGGAGAAGCAGCUGUUGAUUCACAGCGGAAAAGUUCUCAAGGAUGAGACGACAUUGGAAGAGAACCAAGUUAGUGAAGAUGGGUUUCUUGUCGUAAUGCUCAGCAAGAACAAGACCUCAGCCACAACUGGAGCCUCAUCUGCUACUCAGAGCAAGCCUGUGGCCACUGGAGCCUCGUCUGCAACCCAGCCUGCAGGAACUGCUUCUUCUGUGCCUCCCACUCCAAGUGAAGUUCCCACUCAAACACCGGCCUCAGAGAACGUUGUUAGUGGCUCUAGUAGAGGAACUGAGGCCCCUGUUUAUGAUGAACCUGCAUCUAAUUUGGUACCAGGAAACAAUCUGGAAUCAAUGGUUCAUCAGCUGAUGGAUAUGGGUGGUGGUAACUGGGACAAGGAUACGGUUCAGCGAGCACUUCGUGCUGCUUACAAUAAUCCAGAGCGUGCUGUGGAAUACUUAUAUUCUGGAAUCCCUACAUUAGGAGAAGCUGCUCAGGCUGAAGGGCCAAACACAACUGGGACAGCUGCUGAAGGCGAUACUCUGUCUGGAUUGCCAAAUUCUGCACCUCUAGAUAUGUUUCCACAGGGAGCUCCCAUUGUGGGUGGAGGUGCUAGUGGUGGGUCUCUUGAUUUCCUUAGAAAUAAUGAACAGUUCCAAACAUUGCGUGCAAUGGUCCAAGCAAAUCCACAGAUUUUACAGCCAAUGCUUCAAGAGCUUAGCAAGCAGAAUCCUCAACUUCUAAGAUUAAUCCAGGAGCAUCAUGCAGAGUUUCUUCAGUUAAUAAAUGAACCUGUUGAAGGUCUUGAAGGCGAUCUGUCAGAUCAAGAUAUGUUGGAAGCAAUGGGCUUUGAUCGUGGGCAUGUCAUCGAGGCAUUUUUAGCCUGUGAUAGGAAUGAGGAGUUGGCUGCAAAUUAUUUGUUAGAACAUGCUGGUGAUGAAGACUGAAGGUAGCUUGGAUAUCAUCAUAUAAAGUUGUCGACACUCAAAAUGAUACAAUUUCUUUCUCUACCACACAGUGGCAAGGUGAAGGCAAGGUCCUAUACGUACUCCUAGAAAGUUUAUGGAGUCCAAAAAUUGUUUCCUUGUAUGGGUCUACAACCCAAAUAGUUUUCUCAUCGAACUGCUUAUAAUGAUAAAAAGUUACAGAUAAUACGUAACAUUUUUUGAAGAUUUUUACAUGACGUUACAACUUUAGUCCUGGGCUCUACUAUCUAAUUCGGAGUCCUUUAUUUGUCUGUGAUUCCUUAUUGAUACUGAAUUGAAGGUGGAGAUGCAUUAUGCCAUUCUUUGUUUCAACAA